AUGACUGAGCAGCUAACAGAGGAACAGAUCGCGGAGUUCAAGGAGGCUUUCAGUCUUUUUGACAAAGAUGGAGAUGGUUGCAUAACUACCAAAGAGUUGGGGACAGUGAUGAGAUCUCUGGGACAAAACCCCACUGAAGCCGAACUGCAGGACAUGAUCAAUGAAGUUGAUGCUGAUCAAAAUGGAACUAUUGAUUUCCCUGAGUUCUUGAAUUUGAUGGCAAGGAAAAUGAAGGAUACUGACUCGGAGGAGGAACUUAAAGAAGCUUUCAAGGUAUUCGACAAGGAUCAGAAUGGCUUUAUUUCUGCUGCAGAGCUUCGACAUGUGAUGACAAAUCUUGGGGAGAAGUUGACAGAUGAAGAAGUGGAAGAGAUGAUCAGAGAAGCUGAUGUGGAUGGUGAUGGCCAGGUGAAUUACGAGGAGUUUGUAAGGAUGAUGCUGGCCAAGUGA